AUGGUGGGGAUCAGGGCUGCGCAGAAGGCGAGUAGUACAAGCCAUAGCAGCAUCUUUGCGUCAAUCGGGAGAGCCGUGCGCUGUUGCUCAAAUUUCGGAAUUCGCUUCUUUUUUGUGACAGCUGCUUUCACCCUUCGCUCGAGCCUCUUCGUCGUCAUCACCAUCACCCAUAUCACACGGCAUCAUCGAACAUCGCUCAAGAUGCGCAUGCUCUCCGAACAAGAAGCUAACGAGAUCGAAGUCACAUGGGAAGAUCAACAAUCCAUCAACGCCUUCUCCCGACUCAACUCCACCUACUCCGACCUUCUCGAAGACCUUCGCUUGCGUCGCGAGGAACGAGAAUCCCUCGACGAUCUCUCCCUUGAACUCGAACUCGCCGACGAAGAUGAAGCGGUCCUCUACAAGAUUGCCGAUACAUUUGUCAGCCUACCCCACGAGCAAGCUAUGGAAAGACUAGAGAGCGACAAGGAACACGCAGACGGGGAGAUUGAGAAGCUACAGAGCGAAGCCGACAGGUAUGAGGAGGAGAUGAAAGGAUUGAAGGUGAAAUUGUACGCCAAGUUUGGCGAUAACAUAAGUAAGUGGUCAGAGCACAUCGGACACGACAUAAAGAAGCAAGCUGACACAAUGAUCUCUUCGACUUUGAUGCAGACCUCGAAAGAGAUUAGCUCCGACUUCAAACUCAACCUCACAAUUAUUUCUUGUACUUGUACCCUCACCAACCAUCACAAUCCAAAACCUGCUUUCCACCUUUCAAGCACAUCCACAGAAACCAGCCCCAACCACAUCAUAGCCUCCAAACCGCAUUUGCAACACACACUUUGA